AAACAAUGAGACCUACGACUAUAGGUGUGGUGUGGUACCUCUCCCCAGUCGCCACGUUCGUGGUUGGGUACGAAUGCGCGAGAGUUUUCUAGGGUUUAUCUCUUCAUGCUCGUUCCUUUCAUAUUCGUCAUCGGAUCAAUUCCAUAUAGAAAGUCAUUCACACUUGGAAUCAAAUUCCCCAAUCCAUCAAAUUCUUUGAUUCCAUUUGUCUUUGUAGGGAUUUCAAAUCAUCGGAGCUUUAUUCGCACCUCUUUGGUAAUUCAAAAUCCAUGAUCAUUUCGUGUCCCAUGGACCCUUCUGUGCAAAAUGCUCCAACAAUCGACGAAGAUGAGUGGGACACCGAUGGCUUUGUAAUCCCGAGCUUGGGAAUCGAAGACCCAACUCAAACCAUAACGAAUGCUCCACAAAUAGACGACUCAAAGCACACAAUUAAAGCCGAGAAGGAAGAACACAUAUAUCUUGGACCUCACGGAGCCCCUCCUUCACAAACAAGACAGGACGUAAACUCUUCCGGCCGCAAACAGAGAUUCAAGCAGAAAUUGAAGGACGCGGAUCAGAGAAUUAGUGGAUCUGGGCGAGAAAACAAGCUGGAAAAUUUACGAGAUCUUGUGGGUGGCGGCAAGAUGUCGGUUAACGCAUCCCGGAGUUCUGCUAGAGAUUGGUUAGACCCACAUUGUCACGAGGCUCAAUUUGAAAGGCGAUGAUACCCUUCAUGGUAGGUAAAUGUUGUGAGCGUUUUUGAAUGAGUUAUUAGAUCAAAGUUUCCCGAAAGACGGUUUUUUAUACUACCCUCCAUCAAGGGGAUUCGAGAUACAGUUUAACUUGCGGUCACAAAUUACAUGAUAUGUAUACCGACCCAUCAUCCGGUUUUUGAAGCUUCUUUUAGCAGAACUUGUUGCUUUGCAACGUCUAGUUUGGGUUGUCAUUUGUUAAAUGCUUUCGAGUCUCAAUAAUGUGAUCAAGAUUGCCGCCUUGGUGCUUGCUUGAAAUCAAGAUUAUGAAAAUUUGAUUGUUUUAGGAACAAGAGACACAGGUAAAGCCUCUAUAUUUAUUA